UGCACAUGGCUCAGGAAGCAGACCAGCGGAGGAGGUCGGUCUGGGCUCUUGCGGAAGUAAUCGACUGGCAAUGAUCCUCAGCAUCGAUGUUACUCAUUAGGGAGAAGGUUGGUUGCAAGAUGGUUUACUUUGUAUAUAGGGAUAUUCUACUCGACAUCAGAUUUGCUCGCAUUGAUCUAUUGCGUGGUGUCCACCACCAACCUUGGACAAUCCCAUCAAAGGUAGACAUGAUCUUCACUAUCCUCCUAAGAAUCGGGAAAAUUUACCCUAGGGUUUCAUGACCAUUAUAUAUGGAUGAAGGGCGAGUUACUAGAGUCUGUGCUGUGCGGAGACCAAGGGAAAAGAGGAGAAAAGAAAAGGCAGAGAAAGAAGCAAGUAUGACGGGUGGUAACGUGACUGGGCAUUUUCAUGGAUGGAGCAAGGAAAGAAAAGCACAGGCAAGUCCAACGUUGAAUGCUGCACUCGACGCAUUACUAUUGCUUACUAUUAUUACUGCCUUACUUGAAGGCCAACUCGUUGGCUCUGCUGCAACAAACCUCAUCAACACCAGCUGUUACUCCAUACUUUUAAGGCAAUCCAGAUCAUACCGCCUUUUUGACCCCGGGCCCCAUUUUUACCCUUUCGGACAUUGUCUGGCCCCGUCGAUUGUCUCAAUCCCAUCCGCCAAACGGGAACGAAGAAAGGAGAUAUUUUUCAAAGAAAGAAUCAAUCACGAAAAGACAAAACAAAAAAAACAAAAAUAAAAAGUCAUAACGCUGGCCCAGAAUCCUCCUCGAUUCGAGUACCUAUAUGGACUCGGGCAGUCCAAGUGGCCUUGCAGUUGAACCAUU